AUGGAUGAUGAUGAAAGAAAGAAAGAUGAAGCUGUGAGGAAAGUAGUCGACGACAAAAAUUUGAAAAUUUCGAGAGGAAAUCGAAAACGAUUUGUGAGUUUUUUGCAUUUUUCGAUAGAACCCAUUUUCUAGCUUUUCUAGUGCAAUGUUUUUUCAAAAUCUCAAUUUGAAAAACAUUUUCACAAAAAAAAAUCAUCGCUGGUUUUCAGGCAUCGACAGAAUUCGGACAUGUAUUAGGCGAAGGUCCCACACCCUACCAUCUUCUGGGCAUCGAUUUUAUUCUUAGCCGAUUAAUGGGAAUUGAAAGAUAUUUGGAAGAACCCAGGAAUUAUCAAUCGACUUCUAAAAUCGAUUUCAAGAAGAUUGAUUUGCAGCAGGCAUUGUAUUUUCCGAGAAGUUUGGCACCAGUUAUAGAUGUAGGUCUUUUUUUCCGAAAUUGGGUGAUUUGGAGAAAAAAAAAAGAAAAAAUGAAACUGCGUCUUUUUUCACAGGACUUCAACGAUGAAAGAACACUAAUUUCGGAAUCGACAAUAGCUACAAUGUGGUUUCGUUUAGUUUCUCAAUAUUUUGAAUGGAUUGCCGGUGUUUCGGAGUUGUGUUAUCUUGACGAAAAGGAUAAAAUUCAAGUAAUUGUUAGCCAUUUGUGCAAAGUUAUUUGUUUUAAUGUCGCUUAUACAAAUUAUCAAAUCAAUAAUGGCGGAGAGGAUAGAGAACGAUUCUGGUUUGGACGCGGAUUUUAUUGGGAUUCUGCAAGAUGUGUUGAUCCAAAGUAUGUUUGAAAUAAUUACCUUUUUUCUAAUUUCCAGACGUUUCUUAUUUUUUUUGUCAAAAUCAACCCAAAUUUUAAAAUUUAUAAAAGUCGAAUAAAAAAUCUGAAUACAUGUUCACUUGAAAUUUUCUGUUAGUCCAAAACAUUCAAAAUUUUUCCAAAAUUUCGAUCUUUUCCAGCCCAUAUCUACCUAUUUUUCAGUAUGAACAAAUUUGCUGAAAAGAUGUUAAAAGUGAUGAAUUUCAACAUUCUUCCAAAUAUUCGUCGAACUCAAAUGAAAAAAGAGGAAUUUGUGAUGCUGAAACUCGUUUUACUCUUUGAUGUUUGUAAGUUUUUUGUUUUUCUUUUUUGUGGGAGUUUUUUUUUGGACUCGAGGGUCACGCGAUUUCCCAGAAGUUCAUUGAAAAGAAAAAACUGAAUCGUGGACUAAUUUUAUGGGUUUUUUUUUGAGGAAAAUAGAAAUAUUGGGAAAAAAUAUAGUGAUAUCAUGAAAAAUAAAGUUUUGGCUAAAUUUAUCCGAAAUUGUUUUUGUAAUCAAGGCUUAUCAAAAUGAGGCCACUGCGAAUAUUUUAGACUGAUUUAGGCCAAAAUAGGGUUAUGUGAUAAUUAAGGCUUCCCGGGACUCUUGAACUCGAAAGCUGAUAAUUUAUUUUAUUAGUCUUGAACUUCAGAUAAAGGUUACAUUAGAUUUCAGACUUCUCUGCCAGUUUUAAAGAGCUUUUAAAGUCCAAUGUUUCACCCAAAAAAAUUCAAAAAUUUUCCAGCACAUACAGUAAAAUUAUCCGCACAAAGCCGCGAAUUUUGUGCCUCUCGACGCAACAAAUAUCGAACACAUUUAGUCGAUUAUAUCCGCUCACAAGUUCCCAUCGAAAGUCCUGAACUGAGUUUAGCCGACAUCGAUUCGGUCACUUUGAAACGUGCCCGAUUGCUGUUGGAAAUUCCGCAAAAUGUCGAAAUGAUGGGUGAAUUUGAUGAUGAGAGUUUGGCAGAAAUGGUGAGGACGGAUUACGGUGGAAUGAAUGGUGUGUUGCAAAAUCAGAUUCAUACGGAGAGCAAGAAGAAAUCCGAAUGA